GCCGGUUUCGGCAAUCCUGCAAGCCUGCUGGUGUUCAUCAUCCAUGGACUCUCCUGCACCCACAAAACGACGUCGUAUUCAGCGUUCUCCUUCACCAACCUACAAGCUCGAUGACGAAGAAGAUGAUUAUGAACCUUAUGUUCCAGUCGCACAGCGCCGUCAAAUGAAACUAGCCAAGCUUUCGUCAUUAGGUGCUUCCACUGAUCCAGCUCGGUCAAGUGGUCCACUGAAGGAACAGGAUGAACCCGAAGACCAAGAGCAGGAAGAGGAGAGGAGGAGAGAAAAGUCUAGGAAAGAAAGGACAUUGCUCAUGGAAGCCCAGGAGGUGCACUCCAAGAAAGCUGCUGAAGAUGCGAAAAAGACAGAGGAACAAAAAGAGCAAGAAGCUGACAAGGAGAUUCUGGAUGCUAUUCGUAGCCGCAGAAAACUCGCUUCUGACAUGGAGCUGGCGAAGGGAAUCCAGUACACAGACUCGCUCAAAACAAGCUGGCGUCCACCUAAAUACGUUCGUGAAAGGACUGAAGAGCAACACCGAAAACUCCGCGAAAGAUAUCACAUUCUUGUGGAAGGCGAAGACGUUCCCCCGCCGAUCGAGCAUUUUCGGGACAUGAAGAUACCAGAAUCCAUCCUGCAGCACCUCAGCUCGAAACGAAUCACGAAUCCGACCCCAAUUCAGUUACAAGGGAUCCCAGCUGCCUUCUCAGGUCGUGACCUAAUUGGCAUUGCAUUCACAGGAUCGGGUAAAACACUAGCCUUCUGUCUCCCGCUCAUAAUGCUUGCCCUAGAGGAAGAAGUCAAGCUUCCUUUUGUGCGAGGUGAGGGUCCGGUCGGCGUCGUAUUGUGCCCCUCUCGAGAACUCGCCAAUCAAACUUACGAAAACGUGCUCACCUGGACUGCUGCCCUCGCCCAAGAUGGAAAAUCACCUCGAUUGAAUACAGUACUGUGUAUUGGCGGAAUCUCGAUGAACGAUCAAAGCCAUACUUUGAGCAAAGGUCUGCACAUUGUGGUGGCUACUCCUGGCAGACUGAUCGAUAUGUUGGAGAAAAAGCGCUUCACGUUCAACAACUGCAAGUAUCUGUGUAUGGAUGAAGCGGACCGGAUGAUCGAUCUGGGUUUCGAGGACGACGUUCGAAAUAUAAUGAGUUUCUUCAAGCGUCAACGACAAACAUUGCUUUUUUCUGCUACUAUGCCACGCAAGAUCCAAGAUUUUGCUCAACAAUCGUUGAUUAGACCCGUUCUGGUCAAUGUUGGACGUGCUGGUGCAGCAAACCUGGACGUGUUGCAGGUCGUAGAGUACGUGAAACAGGAAGCCAAGAUGGUUUAUUUGUUAGAGUGUCUCCAGAAAACCCCGCCACCUGUGAUAAUAUUCAGUGAGAACAAAAACGAGGUUGAUGAUAUUCAGGAGUAUCUUUUACUCAAAGGCGUAGAGGCGGUUGCCAUUCAUGGCUCCAAAAGUCAGGAGGAGCGUCAGUAUGCUAUCAAGUCUUUCAAGACUGGUGCCAAAGAUGUCAUGGUCGCUUCGGGCGUCGCUUCCAAGGGUCUCGAUUUUAACGAUAUACAACACGUUAUCAUCUUCUCAAUGCCCAAGGAGAUUGAGGACUACGUACACCAGAUUGGUCGUACUGGGCGUAGCGGGAAAACAGGAAUCGCAACUACUUUCGUGAAUAUGAAUACGCCCGAGCAGACCUUACUUGACCUCAAAUACUUGCUGAUGGAAGCGGGACAGAAGGUGCCUCCCUUCCUCGGAACUAUUGAGGAUUCUCGUGCCGUUCAGGGAGGAGAGCUGAAGGGUUGUCCCGUGUGCGGAGGACUUGGCCACGGCAUCAGUAAUUGCCCCAAACUUGAAGAGACUCAGAGACGGCAGAUGGCCUCCCACCGAACCACCGAAGAUGGAGGAGGAUACUGAUAAUUACCUUAUGACCAUUCAAAUACUGGCUAU